UGAUGAAUGAUUUAUUGUCGUGGAAAAGUUUUUAGUUGAGGAUAUCAUCUGUCCAAAGAUCCCAGACGAAGCUUGUUAUAAAUAGCACCGAUAUCAUGGACGAAAAAGACCCAAGCGCUCUUAGUUUAAACCUGAAUCAUCGAUUUCUUGUCAUUGGUGACGUAAUCCUUGACGUAGACAAAUUUGGCGACAUUCCUCAGGUUGCUAACGAGGCGCCGGUUCCCAUUUUCGUCGAAACCAAAAGUGACGUCAGACUUGGAGGUGCGGCUAAUGUUGUACACAACCUCUCAGCCUUCCAUUGUGAGGCGGACCUUCUCACAGCAAUUGGGGAAGAGGAUGUGGUGGUCGCGCAAGAGCUUGAACGACGCGAAUUAUCGACCGACGGACUGGUUGCGAUUCCUGGAUAUUCGACCCUCCGAGCCAACAGAUUCUUCUGCGGCACUCAGAUCGUCUUCCGCCAUGAUGAGCUUAAGAAUGUAGAGAUAACACCAGAUAUCGAGCAGCGAUUGUUGUCUGUGUUUCAAAAAUUGUUCCAGGAAAGAAAAUACAGCGCGAUUGUCUUAGCAGAGUAUCGCCUUAAUACAAAGCUAUCCAUAUUAACCAAAACAGUUGUCGACCAUAUCAUAAGGGAAGCUAGGAAGAAAAAUAUUUUGACAAUCGUUGACCCUAAAAGGGGUGAUUAUAAUAUCUUCAAAGGGGCGACUCUUGUUAAAGCCAACAGGGCCGAUGUUCGACAUUUCCUUGGUAUUUAUCCAGAAACGGAAUGUGAAGUAGAACAAGUGAGUAAGGAAUUUGUGAAGCAGUUGGAUCUCAAGAUGUCCAUAGUUACUCUAGCAGCCGACGGAAUGGCAUUUUAUUACCAGGAGACCGAGCGUUUUCAAAUGAUCCCUCAUGCGGAACGCACGCGCGCCACGGAUGCAACUGGAGCUGGUGACACAGUGUCUGCGGUCCUCGCGAUCUGUCUGAUAAACGGCUGGCCACUUCCAUCAAUCUGCCGCUUGGCAAACAGAUGCGCCGCAAACGCAGCCAGUAACGUUGGUACCACUAUUGUUUCCGUUAUUGACGUCAUCGGUAACAAAGUCGUCUCGUCAGUAGCUGAACUUGCAAACCUAAAAAGGCUUCUUCCUAAAGAUUGUAAGAUCAUUACAACCUCCGGCUGUUUUGAUCUCUUCCAUUAUGGACAUAUAGAGUUUCUGAUGAAAGCUAAAGAAUGCGGAGAUAUUCUUAUCGUGGCUUUAAAUACUGACGAAUCAGUGAGAAUGCUCAAAGGUGAAACACGCCCCGUCUGUCCUCUUUCGGACCGCCUAGCACACCUUGUGGAGAGCCGCUAUGUAGACUUCAUUGUCCCUUUUUCCGAGGAAACCCCAAGCUGGAUCCUUCAAAUGCUUGAGCCGGAUGUGCACGUGAAAGGAGCCGACUAUUCUGAAGCAGAUGCGAGACGUAGACACCCCUACAUCCGGGAAUUCCGGUCGUUGGAGGCGGGCGGUGGUCGAAGCACCACAAAGCUUAUUAGCAGAAUUAAACAGAUAUAGAUGAUCAAUAUUUGUAUGUAAACGAUAAUUAUAAUAAUGAUAAUAGUAGGCAUAAAUAAACACUAUAUAACAAUAAA